AUGAUCUUUAAAUAUUAUAUUUUAUCUUCAACACUUCCAAGGAUAUCAAGAAAUGCAACAACUCCUUCAUGCCCCGUAUGCCGUAAUACUGCAAUAUUAAGAGAAAAUAAUGAUGAAUGUUUGUUUUGUGAUUUGGAUACUACAGAUGAUGAAAAAGAUGAAAUAAGAGAGAUCGAACAAAAAAAUAAAAUUAAAGCAAUGAAUAGGGAUAAAGGUAAAAAUGUUGUGGAAGAUUGUGAAGAUGAAAAGGGAAGUACUGAAAUUGUUGUUAACAUUGAAGAUCCCGUCUUCUCUGAUAAAAGUUAUGAGUUUGAGGUAAUAUUUAAAAUUUUAAUAUUAAAAAAAGUGAUAAAUAAGACUUCGGGAACUAGCUCCUAA